AAACUGGGCGGAGGGAGUAUAUAUUAAGUGAUGCAUUUGACUUUAAAUUCUGGAUCCGUCUCUAUUUGGAAACUAAUUUUGCUUUGAGUAAAGUAUAUAAAGCAUAUCUGUUUCGAUUUUGGUUUAUGCUUAGCUGUUUGUAAGAAGAAAAUAAAGUACUGGAAUAAUUUGCUUUUAACUGUACUAAUUAGAAUUUAAAAUUAAACAUAAUGAUGUAGGAAAGGAUAUAAUACUAGCAGUAUAAUUAAAGAAGAAGCAUAAAGGGAAAAAGAUUAUUAAAUAUAUGAAAUGAGGAAAUUCAGCUUUUGAAUAGAGACAGAGUAGUAGAAAGUGUGCUGGCCCGUCGGAUUGAUUUUACAGAGGGCGAAUCUAGAAUUUGAAGUUUACGAGUUCCUAUAACGACAUCAAGUUAAUAUAGUAAUAGUCGAGUUAAUAGUCAAAUACUAUUUAAGUAGAUAUUUAGUGUAUUUUUUUAAUUUAUAUACAGGUUUUGUGCAAAAGCUACUAGGUUUAUGUGAACCCAGAGAUUAUGCUUUAGAUUGGCCAGUGGUUGCUUAUCUACUUGUAUCAAUGAGUUUAAGAUUUUCCUACCCUCACAUAAUUGAAGAGUUGCAAGAUAGAGUGGCGAAGGCCAAGGAUCGUAACGAUGAGAUUAUAAAGAUUCGCAGGGAGAUAGUAGACUUCCACGGGGAGAUGGUUUUGCUGGAAAAUUACAGUGCCCUGAACUAUACUGGGCUCGUGAAGAUACUCAAGAAGUAUGACAAAAGGACUGGUGCUCUUCUUCGCUUGCCCUUCAUUCAGAAGGUCUUGCAACAACCCUUCUUCACCACUGAUUUGCUUUACAAGCUCGUGAAGGAAUGUGAGAAUUUGAUCGACCGUCUAUUCCCAGUCAUUGACGCCUCGUGUAUUACAGAGGAAGCUGACGGAAAUGAAACUUCGACUAGCGGCAAUGAGGGCCUACUUAGAGCCCCGAAGGAGCUGACAGAGAUAGAGUAUAUCGAAAGCUUAUACAUGAAGAGCACCAUAUCUGCUUUACGAGCUUUAAAAGAGAUUCGGAGUAAGAGCUCAACGGUUAGUGCUUUCUCAUUGCCCCCAUUGCAAAUUAGUGGACCAGAAGAUACUUGGAAUAAAAUUCCAAUCUUAGAACAAGUAGCCAAGUAGUUUAACUAUACAGGGAGAGUUGUUUCGUGGCCCCUUGAAUGUAUUCUCUUGUUACACUAAGUAGUAUUUUCUUUUCCUUUUUUGGGUCUGAUAAUUCACAUGUUAUGCAUGUAGUAGAUAUUAACACAGAUGUAAAAUGCACAAAUUUUAAUCUCAAAGAGUGUGUGAUGAACUCUUCUGGUUCAUCUCUUAAACUGGUUAUUCUA